UCACCAGGACCUCUUCCCUCGAAAGGACACAGAAAAGCAAGUACUACGAUGGUUCAGCAGACACUCUGAUAUCACACCCAACCCUUCAAGACGGCUUUCCCUGUAAGGACGAGCAGUUCCAUCAACAUUCCCACAAUCGCGCUGGGAGGCCGCUCCGAUAACCCAGACAUCGCUGUCAGAAACCACGAACCUCUGCGUCAUGUCGAUCUCGCUUCAGAAGUCGUCAACGAUACGUUGGCAGCAGUUCUUGAGGAUGUUAACAUCAGCCAUUCUUCUGCCAUGUUCGGUCCCCGUUACGCGGGAACCGUUCGCAUCGUCAUCAUCACCGUUAUGAUCCUUCUGUCCCUGAUCGGUAACAGUGUCGUCUGCUGGCGUUUGCUAACGUCACGCCGGCAUCGCUAUUUCAAAGCGCAGAUCCUGUUCCUGAAUCUCGCACUCGCAGACCUCCUGGUGACGACGGUGACCAUGAGCUCCCAGCUUGUCUGGGAAGUGAUGGGACGACUGUGGAUUGCCGGUGACGUGUUCUGCAGAAUGUUCAAAGUGCUACAGACUUUCGCGUUGGUGUCUUCCACCUACAUGCUCGUCAGCAUAGCGGUUGAGCGCCACUUUGCCAUAGUGAACCCGCUCUCUCCGUGUCCAAGGUCAAGGUCUCUAGCAGGGUUUGCGUGGCUGUUUUCACUUAUUCCUUCUUUACCAAACAUCUACCUCUUUCGCCUGGUCACACUCGCACCCGGAAAGUGCUACUGUGCUUCGCUGUUCUACAUUGACAAGAACCCGCCGAUUUCGCGUCAGAUGUACAUGGCGUUCGUGUGCACCACGGUGUUCAUCAUUCCCCUCUUGUUGCUCAUCAUACUCUACGGAAAUAUCCUACUGGAGAUCUGGAGGUUGAGCAGUUGCGGUCCAGUGCCCCAGAAUAGUACCUUGCCGCGGGCUCGCGUGAAGACGCUGAAAAUGACCGUGAUCAUCUUUGUGGCGUUUGUGGUGACCAACGUGCCGUACAUGGUACAGGAGAUGGUGUUAGCGUUCGCGGAAAACGUGUCCCUGGAUCAAAACGUGGUGGCCAUCUUUGGCGUUAUAUCGGCGAGCAACAGUGCGGUCAACCCAUACGUGUACCUCUCCUUCAACAUGCGGUCCGGAUGUUGGGGUGCUGUGAUGGAUAGGUUAACGGGACAAUCAAAGUCAUCGUGCGAGAGAUCGCCAGUGUUGAUAAGAUUCAAGGCAAAUCCUCCGUCGUGCAGAGGUGAUUCUUUGGCGAGCAGCACGGGAGUGUACAACUCGUGCCAUUCCAGGAAUUGUGCUCAUUCGCUGGCUGGUUCGUCAACGUCUCAUAAAGCAGUGUACUAUAACAUCGUAUAAUGUGUGCUGUCCAGAUCUGGUAAGGCACGCACCAAGUGUUUUUUUUUUUAAUGUACUUUUUCUCUCUUUCACCGUUUCUCUGGUGAUCAAUGUUCUCCUAUACGCUCCUCCAUGUACAUGGAAAAGCGAGGUAUCUCGACGUAGCGUACAUGUUUCAUGAUGUGUUUCAAUGACAUGAGCUGUGAUUCCCAUGGUAUGUGCCAUAAGUCCACGUUUCAUGCGCAGUGCUACAAAAUAUAUUGCAUUGUGUGUACCUUGUCUUCUGCACUACUUCCCCUUCGUGUGCAAGACGUGGUGGCUGAUGUGUGAUACAUCAGCGUUACAACUUAGUCCACCUUAUACAUUCUUAUAUUUGUGGCUUUUAUUUUUCGCUACUGUUCUUCACGUGCAAUAUCCAGUUUGCCAAAGUCGGUUCUCAAUUUAGUGAACUUGUCUUUCGGAUGUGUAGCUCUAACGCUUUCGUAUUCCGGGGGAUGCCUUGACACUUCGGAGAUACAAGUUUACAUCCGGUAUGAGAAAGGUAUGCUUUUGCGUAAUUGUGUCCGUGUAUUCAUGUCAGACAAAACAAACUUGUAAAAGGAAGUCCCAGAGGAAAUUACCAGAGCGAUUCUCCCGCAUGAUUGCCUACGUUAUUGUUUUAUCAUAUAACUUGUUUCAUUAGACAGUGGCCACAAGUACAACGCAAUUCUGUUCCAUUUGUUUGUAGUUAUUUCUAUUCAUGACGCACCCGUCAACGAACAACAAAUCCAGCAUUGUUUCUGUGUUCUUUCGCGUGUUCGCACACGGCGAACGCGUCCUUUGUUUCGUCAGCAUCGGAUGUAUAGAGUGUCUGUAUGUGAUAACAACCUGGACGUACCUUUCUCGAGUUCAAACUUUGUCGACAACAAUGUGACGAACGUUAAAGAAAACUUUAAAAAAUUUUGUUGACGUUUGAAAAGAGCGGUCGCCGCUCAACUUGCGACCUGAAAGUAAAACGAAAUCAAUUUUACUGUCGCAUCGAUCGAACGUGCUCGCUUUUCAGCAAAGUGGGCUCUUGGGAUAAGAGGAAGGAAAAACGAUUUGUUCCUUGCAAAGUUUGAAAGUGUUUGACCGUUUGAGUGAAAAGUCUGAGUCGGUGCCCCCGUAUCUAGUAAGAUGUUGACCGGCUGAAAACUCCUUUUGCGCGCAUUUAUCAAUGCGAAACUUAUCAAUGGUUAUCGAUUAUUA